AUGGCUGCCCCUGGCCAACUUGGGACCCUACAUCACAAACAAGAAACAGCAUCUUCUUCACACAACGGGGAUGAAUCUGCAGAAGCUUUUGCAUUCAGAGCAUCUGAACUUGAAGCUUCUGGACUCGGAGCAUCUGAACUUGGAGCUUCUGGACUCGGAGCAUCUGGACUCGGAGCUUCUGAACUUGGAGCUUCUGGACUCUUAGCCUCUGAACCCUCCCCCGCUCCCCUCGUCCCGGCCCGGUCUCGCCGCUCCGCCCUGGCCUCACCGUGCGGCCUGCGCUCCGUACUGAUUCAGGUCCGGCACCUGGGCCUCGGCUACGACUCGGACGAGACGGUCCUCUUCAAGUACUGCAGCGGGACGUGCCCUCACGCUCGCAACAACCACGACCUGACGCUCAGCAACCUGCUGCAGAGCGGCGUGCUGCCCGGAGAAGUGAGGGAGCACCACCACACGCCCUGCUGCCGGCCCACGCUGCACGAGGACAUCGCCUUCCUCGAUAACUCCCACCGCUGGCACAAGGUGGAGAAGUUGUCGGCCGCCGGCUGCAGCUGCGUGGGCUGA